GUACAGGCAAGGAUGCACGCAGGUUUGGUGCGACGAGAACGUGAAGUCCUCUGCUCGUGGUAGCGGUCCAACAGCAGCGCCCCUUCGCAUGUCCAUUAAAGUCGCCUGGGCUGCCCGCGGUGUCGCUGUUCACCUCUCUCCUCCCCGGCGCUGCACCACUUUUCCUCGGCGUCUUCUGGCUCCCCAGCUUUGCUGCGGUCCGGAGAAACAUGACGGCGAGGAAGUCCGGCUCCCGGCUGGAGACGGAGAUCGAGCGUUGCCGGUCCGAAGGACAGUGGGACAAGAUCCCCGAGCUGGUGCGGCAGCUGUCGGCCAAGCUCAUCUCGAACGAUGACCUGGGAGAGUUGCUCCUUGGGGAGGGCAAGCUUCAGCAGUACCUGAAGGAGAACCCCAUCAAGCCAGGGGCCAGUCCCCAAGGUGCCCGGCCCAAACUGGUUGAGGUCCGAAAACAUCUGACGGCCGCUCUGGACCGGGGCAACCUCAAGCCCGACCACCAGCAGGAGGCCCAACUACUAAUGGCCAAGCUGUGCUAUGUGGAGGGGGAUUACCAGGAAGCCGUCAGCCAGUACUCCCAGGUCGUGCUGGACGACAUGCAGCUUGUGGGCGCCCCUGUCUACCGCCUCUCCAUGAUCGCCGAGGCUCACGCCACCAAAGGUCUAUGUCUGGAGAAGCUCACCAGCCAUGGGCCCGACAGGGAGCAGGAGAUCAUCACGUGCUACGAGAAGUCGGGGGACAUCGCCCUGCUCUACCUGCAGGAGAUGGAGAAGGCCUUGAGUGCUGGGAUGCAGAACCGCAGCCCAAAGCCCGGUCCAGUGACCCAGGAACAGGAGCUGGGCUACUUCCUAGAGACGGGUCUUCAGAGGGCUCAUGUCAUUCACUUCAAAAAUGGCAAUCUGACCCGAGGCGUCGGCCGCUUCCGCGAGAUCCUCCGUGCCGUGGAAACCAGAACCACGCAGAACCUCCGCAUGACCAUUGCCCGGCAGCUGGCUGAGAUCCUUCUCAGGGGGAUGUGUGAGCAGAGCUACUGGAGCCCCCUAGAGGACCCCCCCCAGCAGUCGCCCCUGAACGACUCCCUGCGGCAGGGCUCCCUCACCCGGGAUUACAGCCUGAGCCGCAGGCCCCGCGUCUAUUCUGGGGAAAACCUGUUCUGUCCUCAGGAGAACACAGAGGAGGCCCUGCUCCUACUUCUCAUCAGUGAGUCCAUGGCCAACCGGGAUGCAGUGCUGAGCCGGAUCCCAGAGCACAACAGUGACCGCCUGAUCAGCCUGCAGAGCGCGUCGGUGGUGUACGACCUGCUGACGAUAGCACUGGGUCGGCGGGGCCAGUAUGAGAUGCUCUCUGAGUGCCUCGAGAGGGCAAUGAAAUUCGCCUUUGAGGAGUUCCACCUGUGGUACCAAUUCGCUCUGUCCCUGAUGGCUGCCGGCAAAUCGGCCCGCGCAGUCAAGGUGCUGAAGGAGUGCAUUCGGCUGAAGCCGGACGACCCCACUAUCCCCCUGCUGGCCGUCAAGCUGUGCAUCGGCAGCCUGCAUUGGCUGGAAGAGGGUGAGCGUUUCGCGAAGUUGGUGGUAGACAUGGGAGAGAAAGCGUCUGAAUUCCGGGCCAAAGGCUACUUGGCCAUUGGCUUGGUGUAUAGCCUGCGGGCUACGGAUGCCUCACUGCGCGGGAUGCAGGAGGAGUACCAGAAGAAGGCCCUGGGUGCGUUUCAGAGGGCCCAGAGUCUGUCCCCCACAGAUCACCUGGCUGCCUUCUACCUGGCCCUGCAGCUGGCCGUGUCUCGGCAGAUCCCAGAGGCACUGGGCUACGUUCGACAGGCUCUGCAGCUACAGGGCGACGAUGUCCACUCACUGCACCUGCUGGCGCUGCUACUGUCUGCCCAGAAGCACUACCAUGACGCUCUCAACAUUGUGGAGAUGGCCCUCAGCGAGUACCCCGAGAAUUUCAUGCUGCUGUUCACCAAGGUGAAACUUGAGACCCUGUGUCGAGGGCCAGAGGAGGGGCUGCUCACCUGUAAGCACAUGCUGCAGAUUUGGAAGUCCUGUUACAACCUGACCAACCCCAGCGAUUCGGGCCGUGGGAGCAGCCUGCUGGACAGGGCCGUAGCGGACCGGCGGCAGCUGAACACCAUGACCCUGCCGGAUUUCAGCGACCCCGAAACAGGCAACCCCCCAGACGCUUACUUUCAUGGUUUUUACUCCAUUUUUUCAGUUUGCUCUGUGCACGCUACGUCUAUGGCGGCCUCGCGGGUGGAGCAGGCGCUGUCGGAGGCCGCCUCUUCCCUGCAGAGCAGCGCUCCCAAGCAAGGUCCCCUCCACCCCUGGAUGACACUGGCGCAGAUCUGGCUCCACGCAGCGGAGGUGUACAUCAGCAUGAGCAAGCCGGCCGAGGCUACGGCCUGCACGCAGGAGGCUGCGAACCUCUUCCCCAUGUCCCACAACGUGCUCUUCAUGAAGGGCCAGGUGGCUGAGCUCCGGGGCAGCGUGGACGAGGCCAGGCGCUGGUAUGAGGAGGCCCUCGCCAUCAGCCCCACCCACGUCAAGACCAUGCAGAGACUGGGCCUGAUCCUGCACCAGCUCCAGCGUUACAGCCUCGCAGAGAAGAUCCUGCGGGACGCAGUGCAGGUCAACUCCACAGCCCACGACGUAUGGAACAGCCUGGGCGAGGUGCUGCAGGCACAGGGCAACGACGACGCCGCAACCGAGUGCUUCCUGACCGCCCUAGAGCUGGAGGCCAGCAGCCCCAUCAUGCCCUUCACCAUCAUCCCCAGAGCCCUCUGAUUGGCUGCCUGGCACCCUGCAUAACAGGAAGUCCCACCCUGUGUCUUGCCAGUGACUAAAAAAGGACACUACUUGUAAAAUAAGGAAGAAACAAUGUGACAAAGGCUGUCCUGUCUCCCCUUUAGUGUAUGGUGUUGACCCCAUCCCACCGUCCUCAUGUCCUGUACAAGCCCAUCAGAAUUGUGACAUAACUAUGUAAACUCUGAACAGGAAUGGAUGGAAUGUUAUUGCUGAACACCAGAGAAUUCUGUUACCUGUUUCUCGGAAGGUUCAUUCCCUUCCCUCCUGAAAAAGGGAUCAGGGUGAGUCACACCUGUUGCCAAAAGCUAGCUUUUUUUUUUUUUUUUUUUUUUUUUUAAUUUGGGUCAAAGAUAUAGAGCAGAAAAGUCAGGUGACUGUAUCAGUCUGGGUGUGGUUGUACGGAGGAAUCGGACAAGCGUGUCAGCGCGGGGGAAUCGCCUGUCUUCACGGUGAAAGAGAUCGGGAUAGCCUGCUGAUACCAGGAGGGCGGUGGCCUGUUGGCUGACCCGCCUUCGGCUGGCGCUGCCGACUCCAUGCCCUCCCCCGCCAGUGAGACCCUCUCUCGUUAGUGUCUCUGCCAGUCCCGCUGGCGGCGAGCUCAGAGAUGUCACAUCAGACCCUGCCUCGUCCACGUCUGCUGCGUGAAGUCGCCGUCGUCUCGCUUUAAGGGGAGACGUGGGGUUUCCACUCCACUCCUUGGCUCCCUGGAGCAGCCUGUGAACUUGGUGCUUUUUGAAGUGGCGGUUUAGGAACGUGCAAACCCUUCGAGUCGAUAUGUGGGUGAAGCCAAAAGCGUCUCAGUACCAACGUAAUGUAUGGAUGUUAGAAAUAAAAGUAUCAUUUUCA